AUGUCGAGUAAGCUUAUCCAUCCACCAUCAAUGGCAGCUUCACGAGGAGUCAUCUCAACAAGAACAGGAAACGCAAAGGUGUUACUCUCCUUCAGCAAUCUUACUCGGAAAACAGUGAGUUUUAGCGACAACUCAAUUCGUCUCAGACCCAUGUUCGUCGGAAAUGUCAAAGAACAGAGCUCUGCUUCCGCUACAAACGAAGAAGAAGAAGAAGAAACCACAGUUUCCCAGAUUAAAAAUGAGCUCUACGAAGCUCUAAAAGGGAUCAAUAGAGGUAUUUUCGGAGUCAAAUCGGAUAAGAAAACAGAGAUCGAGAGUUUGGUGAAGCUUUUGGAAUGUCGGAAUCCGACGCCGGAGCCGACGGAAGAGCUAGACAAGAUCGGAGGUUGCUGGAAACUUAUUUACAGCACAAUCACUGUAUUAGGCUCUAAACGAACCAAAUUGGGUCUUCGAGACUUCGUCUCUCUCGGAGAUCUUCUUCAACAGAUCGACAUUGCUCAGGGCAAAACGGUCCAUGUGUUGAAAUUCGAUGUCCGUGGACUGAAUCUACUCGACGGCGAGUUCAGAAUCGUCGCUUCUUUCAAGAUCAUAUCCAAAACGAGUGUUGAGAUAACUUAUGAAAGCUCAACAAUCAUGCCAGACCAGUUGAUGAACAUUUUCAGGAAGAACAUGAAUCUUCUUCUGGGGAUCUUCAACCCGGAGGGGCUAUUUGAGAUUUCAUAUUUAGACGAAGAUUUGCAAGUAGGAAGAGAUGGGAAAGGUAAUGUAUUUGUAUUGGAGAGAAGAGAGAUACCCUGA